AAGUCUGGGCAAGAGAGGUAGCCUUGGGUGUAUCGAUGAUGGAGUGAUGGGAGGAGCUGGAUAUGGGUCAUGGCGGCGUAGACUUUCUCGGGGGGCUUGUGGUUAGGUCGUCGAGAGAGGGCAUCAGCAACGCGGUUACUUUUGUCGGGGGUAUAGCAAAUGGUAAAUGUGAACUAGGCAAGGAAGUCGAGCCAUCGAGCUUGGCGUGGGGUGAUGUAUUUCUUGGUGAGGAUGGAAGAAACGAUGGUGUUGUCAGUACGGAUGGUGAAGUAUUGUCCGUCGAGGUACGGGCGCCAGACUAUGAGGGCGUGAAUCACGACGAGGAGUUCCUUCUCGUUGGAGGGGUAAUUCAUCUCCGCAGGAAGGAGCGUCUUGCUUGCGAAGGCGAUGGGGUAUUCUUCGGGUGGAGCCUCGGGGUGAGUGGGCGAGUCCUUGAUGGAGGGGGUCUCGGCACUGUCGCGGGGGAAAUGUUGGGACAGUACCAUUCCAAUGGCGAAGUCAGUGGUGACAUAGAAAUGGCGAGUGGGGUCGGCGAUCUUGAGGAUAGGGGUCAUGGUGAUGAUCUGCUUGAGGAAGUGGAAAGCGUGCUAGCGGCGAUCGUUCCAAUUGAAGGGUUCGUUCUUGCGUAUGAGUUUGUGGAGAGGGUAAGAGAUCUCGGAAAAGUUGUGAAUGAACGGGCGGUAAUAGUUGGCAAGGUCGAGGAAGGAACGGAGUUGGAGGAGGGUUUUGGCUGGGGGGUACUCGAUGAGGGUUGUGACCUUCAAGGGGUCCAUACGGAUGCCUUCAGCGGAGAUAAUGUGGCCAAGGUAUUCGACGCUCGAAGCGGCAAACGUACAUUUGUUGAGCUUGGCAUAAAAUUUUUGCUCUCAGAGGAUCAAGAGGACUUGGCGAAUGUGCUGAAGGUGGGACUCGAAGGUGGGGCUAAAGAUGAGGAUGUCAUCAACUUGAAGGUACAUGAGGACACAGACUUCGAGGAGGUCACGAAAGAUGUGGUUCAUGGUGGACUGGAAUGUGGCGGGGGCAUUGGUGAGUCCGAAAGGCAUUAAGAGGAACUCGUAGUGCCUGAACCGAGAGCGGAAUGCGGUUUUGUGGAUGUCCUCCUCGCGAAUACGGAUCUGGUGGAAGCCACUGCGGAGGUCGAUUUUGGUGAAAUAUUUGGCUCCACGGAGGUGAUCAAGAAGUUCGGAUAUCCGGGGGAGUGAGUACUUGUUCUUGAUCGUGAUCCGGUUCAAGGCACGGUAGUCUGUGCACAUGCGGAGCUCUGAGGUGUCGUUCUUCUUGACGAAGAGACAAUUGAUUCCGAAGGGGGAGAAGCUAGGCUUAAUGAAUCAUUUUUCAAGGA